AUGAAGUCCAACGAUGGUCUCGAAGCGUUCUGGCAGAGCUUUAGCAGCUUCUGCCCCUUCAACUCCUCCGCCAUCCAACACCUGCAUCUGCUCGGGCUGGACGAGCUCCCAGAAACGGAUGCGAAGGGAAGAAAGGCGAUUGAUGGGUAUAAGAUGAGCUGGGAGGGCACCAUUCCUCCAGACUGGGAUAAUGGAAGUGGUAACAUGCAUGGCGCAGCCGCAGCUUAUAUUGUGGACCUCUGCACCUCCGCAGCCAUCAUGAUUCAUACUACUUCGGAGUUCUGGGGUCCACCGCUGGUCGCUGGAGUAUCUCUUGCUAUCAACAUGACGUACCUACAUCCAGCAAAGAUAGGUACGGAGAUUCUUGUCGAGGUCGAGGUUCUGAAGUGCAGCGCGACGACUGCCAACCUGAUCUGCAACAUCCUUGACAGGAGCAGCCAUCAAUUGCUCGCUUCUGGGACGCAUAUGAAGGCGUGGAUACCUAAGCUCCGGUCAAAGUUGUAG